AUGGUCACUGCACGCCAGCUUGGCGGCACAGAUUCCCAGGGCGUGUCGGCGCAGCUGGCGACGCUGAUGCGAUACCCAAAGCCGGCGCGGCUGCAUCUUACACCCAGGCUGGUGCCGCAGCUGGUGGCCAGGGGCAGGCAGACCCAUGACCCCAGUCAGGAGGCGGUGGGCGCUCUUGCAGCCCGCCUGAAGCUGCUGCUCUUUGUGUUGGAGGACUGCAGCCGCUACCUUGGGGCCGUGCAGCAGAGUCGAGUCCCCCUCGUCAACGAGACCGAGUGGAAAACUGUGCACCACGUCUACGGCGCACUGCUGCAAGUGUGGGUCGACGUGCAGAACGAGGAGCGACGCCUCGAAGAGGAGGCCGCACUCGUGUUCAAGACCAAGGCCAAGGCCGUGACGCUGUCCAUUGAUGAGCAGGAGGAUGAAGAUGCCUACAACCAGCAAUUCCCAGAUCAUAGACUGGCAUUUGCAGAUUUGGAGCUCGAUCAUGACGUCGCUGAUGCACCUGAUGAAGUCUCAGGCCCCGAGCAGAAGGCAGCCUUUGCGCUGGUGGGCACCCUCAAGGGCCAUGUCCUUGAGCGCCUCGCGGCGGCCUAUGCGGCCCUCUUCGCCUCGAGACGCGAGGUUGUGGCCGCCGGACGGUCGCCCGCCGCCUUCUUAUCAGCAUAUCAGCUGGGUCUACAGAUCGCCGGCGGGGACAGCACAUUUGAUUCAAGCCUUGACCGGGAGACAUUCACUGGACAUAUUACGGCGGUCGCUCAGGAAUUCCACACCCUUGCCAAGCCGGCCUCUCACGAAGCUGACGUGGAGACCUUUGAUAUUCAGUCUCCCUCGAGUGAGGAAGCUCUGUUGAUACGAGCUCCUGUGGCUGCACUCCAGCGCCAUCUCCUGGAGCUGCUUGCGGAGUGGCCAGAGCAUGUACUCCUCGUGCAAGCAUGGUUUAGCCUUUACGAGCUGCUCAUCAGGACCGCCAAAGGGGAGCUUCAGGCUGAGUUCGACACUGUCAUAGUUGAAUUGCAGACUCUCUUUGAGACUUCACCGAUAGGCGAGUUUGCUGACCGGCUGGCCCUGCUGCACAGCUUCAUGGGCCAUCUCAAUGUGCUCGAUCAGAGUGCCUCUGGAGGAGCCCCAGCCCAGACGAGCCGAGCAGGCAUGUACCGGACAAUCCUGCUCAACGUACACGGCUACUACUCUCAAUUCGCUGAAGUGAUUGCCGCUAAGAUCUCGGAGGAGCUGAAACCUCAAGAGAAGCAACUCAAGCAAGCGAUGACCAAGCGUUCAGCAGCACUGGUGGCUCACUUUGAGAAUUUCAUCUCCACCCUGGCGGAGAGGACUGCGCAACUCAGGGCGGACACAGCGCGGGGCCACAUCUCCAGAAAGCGCCUGGCCCUCAAGGAUCUGUUUGAUGCCAUCUCGGAAAUUGGCAUCAGCAAGUCCGAGAUUGCAGUCCCGGCACAGAACAGAGGGGUCUUCUGCAGUUUCAUCCAGGCUUUCCCGGAGGUCGCUGGUGAGGACGGCACCAAAAUCUCCAACCUAGUUGAGACCAUCAAUGAGUAUUAUUACAAAAGCAUUCUGCGUAUGAAGAAGGUCGACGAGGUGAGGAUGGUCCUGAAGGUUGGCCUGUUCUCUGUGUGGCAAAAACAGAGCAUUACCCGGCCGUAA